UUGCCCAACACCUUUCCGAACGAACGGAAACACAAGUAAAUGUCACCCUGUCUAUAUUACACAAAGUUGUUCUUCGCACCCCCUCAGAACACCCUUACAUCUGAAGCAGCGGUCAUACAUGAAGAGACAAGCAGUUAUUUUAAUCUCGACAAAAUGAGACUCCGGUCAAACCGUAUUCGCCAAUGCCUCACAGCAGGGACUUGGUGGCACAGCUGGCCCUGCUUAAGACCACUUAAUUCCAGUCUUCAGUCACGUUACCUCGCUGGGGAAAGCUCCAUGGAUCAGAAACGGAAAAGGGCGCCUACAUUCCAGACCCGUUUGAGAUUUCGCCGAAUGGACCGCGCCAGGAUGGAGCAGAAGCACCCGGUGGUGGAGCCGCAGGUGGAGCUCGCCGAAGGGAGGCUGGAGGACCUGGCACUCCGCUGGUUCACAGAGACACAGGCCCCCCUCAUCCUGCACCAGGGCAACUUCCCCGCCUGGUUCCAGGGCUUCAUCCGCAGAAAAGAUGCUGAGGCUAAGCUAGCCGACAAGGCGCUGGGUUGUUUUCUCAUCCGCCUGAGUGACAAAGCCAUCGGCUACAUCCUCUCUUACAGGGGACGCGAUCGAUGUCGCCACUUUGUCAUAAACCAGAACAAAGCUGGGCAUUUCAUCAUUUCGGGUGACAUAGAGACUCACCAGAACCUGACCGACCUUAUAGAGCACUACAGAGCGAGCCCCAUCGAGCCCUUCGGGGAGUUUCUGACGUCAUCCUAUUCACAGAGCUCCUCCAGUGAGAUCUACGAUGAGGUCCAGGGAAAGCGCAAAGAGAGGCUGGUGAGCGUGGAAGCUGUGAGAAGCCUCUGGCAGCAGCGGGCUGUCCACUCCGAGGAGCGGCCGCCCGCACUGCCACCUAAGAGGUACAACAGGAAGUCAACCUCACCGGCGUCCCUUGACCUGGACUCCCCCUCUCAGCAGGCAGCACCUCCAGUUCCCCUGAGGACUCCAUUUCAGUUGAAUGCUCGGGGCGGCUCUCUGGACGAGACAGGCACCAGUCAGGGCCAAGUCCUGUACGCCCAGCUGCAGAAGCGGCGAGCCAAUCAGAGGGCGCCCGCGCCGACCAAAGAGAAUGCGGACCCAGACGGGCCCGGGCCCCUCCCCGGCCCUCUGGCCACCGCGCGGACCCCCGGGUCCAGCAGCAGAGCCUCCCCGGCCCCGGGCAUCGUGUACUCUGAGCUGAGCCUGGAGAACUGCAGGAGCCGGUCCUUACCCCUGCUGGACUACGACUCGGGAGAAUCCCGCUCCUUCAGGCUCAGCGCCCCGUCCUUCACCCCCCCACAGCUCUCCCCCGACGCCCGGAGCAAAGGCACGGGCCCCGCGUGCUCUCUCUGGGACCAGGAGCUCGGCUUCGGACCCUCCUCCGGCAGCAAGGACGGCUUGUGCGGCAACCCUCUUUACCAGCUGGCCGGCAUGCCCUGGGACACCCAGGCAGGGCGGGCCCAGGCCCUGCCCUCCACCCCGGCACCCUGUCACGAGUACGCGGAGGUGCCAUUCGAGCGCCUUCAGGACGAGGACGAGUACGCCGAAGUCCCGUUCCAGCCCCUUCCCUGUCGCUCGAGCCCCUUCAGCGACAACACCUACGAAAUGAUCCCGGACGAGGCCUUCGACAGCAGCCCCUUCCAGGACAACACCUACGAGCUGAUCCCCGAGCAGGGCAUCAAGAGUGAUAAAUGGAGAAGAUUCUUCGCUGAACAUAAGAAGAAAUGAAGACUUUAGGAAAAAGCCCAACACUUGAACCCAUUCAAACACUAUGUGACCUUACCUUUCACACUCAGACCCACCCUCAAGAAGCUGAAUAAAGAAACAAGCACCACCACUACGAUUCCCCUCAGAAAACAUUUGUGCAGUUGAAAUACUGUCUUUACUGAAACUGUUUACUGUUUUUAUAUUUAUUCUAUAUUUUUUCUCCUAAUAGCUGAGCUAUGUGCUUUAUUUAAACACGGGGAGCUAAAGACACUUUUUCAUAUAAGACAUGUGCUGUAUUGUGAAGACUGACUUUUUGUGUGUUAUAUUUAGUGUGAAAUAUUUGCUGUCUGGUCAUUGGGUUAUUAAUCACAUUUAUUUCAAAAACUUGAAAAUGUGUUUUAUCUGAGAUACUGGAGCUAGACAUUAUUCAGAGCUGUGCAAAGCACAGUGGAGGAAUUAUUUAUACUGAGAAUAAAAUUAUUCUUGAUGAUGAUUAAUCCAUGAUCCUUCAAGUUUCAAUCAAAAUUUCACUUUCAAAACAUUUUGCUAAAUACAGAUACAGUAUCGUGUAAUGUACCCAUCGUGUGUUGUCUUUUUUGCCAGAACCAAAAUUGUUUUAUAAAUAUUUAUUUAACCUCCACAGACUGCUUAAUAAUAAAUGGGGUGCCUUUCAAUUGCACUAAAAUGGAAUAAUUUGUGCAAUGGUCUUUCUGUGAGUCAGUGUAUUUCACUGAUGAAAAUUUCAUCAUUUUGAAUAUAUUAUUUGUUUAUAAUAAUAAACUAUUUUCCAUGGGGAAAACUCUAUACAUAUUAAGUAAGAAAAUACAUUUAGUGCAAUUGUGAUCCCUCUUUUUCUUCCAGUGUUACACAUAACGAUACUUAUUUUUAACUGUAAAGUAUAUGAGUUGCAACACAAACCUGUCACUUGCAGAAGUCUAUGGAGAAACAGGGAGUUCCCUCUAGCCAGUGAUACCUUUUAGCGGGUGAUCAUCCCACAGUACCCCUAUAUUGUAUCAUAUAAAGAUAGUGGGGAAGAUUUGUGGAGGAUUUUUUAUUUCCAUCAGUCACCGGUUGUUGUAGACACUCAUUUUUUCCUCUGGAGAGAUCUCUUUGAUUUAUUCAGCACACACUUUCUCGAACAACUUCGGGAGUCAUCAAACCUCACUCUCUCACCAUUAGCAGAGGGCAGAUUGCAUGCCCAGUUCCAGGGUGAGAUACAUACUGUAUGAAUGCGUACCUGCCAGCACUUAACUUUGGUCUCUGGCUUCUCUUUGUUUUUCUACAUCCCCCUUCAAUCUGACCCCAUUCAGUGUUUGACAUCUCUUAAGAACCAGUAAGCCUUAUUUUUCAUCUUGAUGCUGUAUGAAUCUUUUCUAAUUUGGUGGGGUUAAAUAAUUAAAAUGCAAUAAACAUAAUGCUGUUCAAAGGCUCUGUACAAACUUUGUAUACAAAGGUUUUGUGUGGGAUGAUUUUGAUGCUGUAGGCUUUAUAAAUCAGCUGUAUAAAAAGUAAUGAAAUAUACAACCUUUAAAAUGCAUUUGUAUCUCAGAUUCUUUGUGUGUAAUACUAGUGGCACUUUCCCAUGCACGUUUCAAACUUCCAUUUCCUCUAGGCUCUAAAAUGAGAGGUUUCUCACAUUGUCAAAACAUUUCGAUUAAAAAAAGUGUUAAAAUGUUCUGUCGGUUUAAGCAGUUAGGGCCAAACUGACCAAAACUUAAAAGGCAUCUUAAAGAGCAUCAUGAAAUAACAUGGGUUAGGAUGACGAAAUUAUGGUAAAGAUGACAAAAUGGUGAACCACUUGCUCUUGGUCUUCUCAUAAUCUUCAUUAAAAUAACAUAAGAGAGAUGGAAAAUGUUGUAUGAACAGAAAUAGAAAGGACUGGUUGUGUAAUUGUUGAAAGAUCAGAUGUUGCACAAGACAAAACUCAAGGUUGUUAAAUGUCAUUCAGGUCAGCGUAUAACCGUUUCAAAUUUUCU